GUUAAAGUUUCCAUCGUUACCCCACGUUUUGUUCGCCGCACGUCGAAAUGGCAAACUAUCACAAGAUGGAAUCAUCAUCCGUACAGACGCUCAAGGAUCUGGCCAACAAGUUGAGGAUCAACUCGAUCAUCGCCACCAACGCUUCGAAAUCCGGCCAUCCUACAUCAUGUGCUUCAAUGGCAGAAAUCAUGUCUGUUUUAUUUUUCCAUACAAUGCGCUACAAGGUAUCUAGCCCAAAAGAUCCAGUUAAUGACCGAUUUAUAUUAUCUAAAGGUCAUGCUUGUCCAAUUUUAUAUGCAGCUUGGGCUGAAGCUGGUUUGUUUCCAGUAUCUGAUUUAGCCAACUUAAGGAAAAUUGACAGUGACUUAGAAGGACAUCCUACACCUCGUUUAAAUUUUAUUGAUGUCGGUACUGGUUCUCUUGGUCAGGGUCUCUCUGUUGCUUGUGGAAUGGCCUAUGUUGGUAAAUACUUCGAUAAAUCAUCAUACAGGACUUUUUGUUUGUUGGGUGAUGGUGAGAGUGCAGAAGGUUCAGUAUGGGAAGCUUUAAACUUUGCAUCAUUUUACAACUUAGACAAUUUAGUGGUAAUAUUUGACAUCAACCGCUUAGGUCAAUCUGGACCUACUUCUUUACAGCAUGAUAUGGAAGUUUACAGACAAAGAAUAACAUCGUUUGGUUUAAAUGCCAUUGUUGUCGAUGGACAUGAUAUCGAAGAAUUAACAAAAGCUUUCCAUGAAGCUUCAAUUACAAAAGGAAAACCCACAGCUAUUUUGGCAAAAACUUACAAAGGAAAAGGUUUUGUCAACAUUGAAGAUGCUGAAAAGUGGCAUGGAACUCCAUUAAAUGAUAACGCUGUUAAAGUACUAGAGGAAAUUAAUGGUCAAAUUAGGAACAAAAAAAUGCCUGUAAAUAUACCUAAACCUGUUGCUGUUGUUCCUACUUUAAAUAUUACCAAUGUUCGUCUAUCAACUCCGCCAAACUAUACACUUGGUGAAAAGAUUGCUACACGUGUUGCAUAUGGUACAGCUUUAGCUAAAAUUGCUGAAAACAAUGACCGAGUAAUCGCUUUAGAUGGUGAUACCAAAAACUCUACAUAUUCUGACAAAAUCAAAGUGAAAUUCCCUGAAAGGCAUAUUGAGUGUUUCAUUGCUGAACAAAACAUGGUUGGCAUUGCAAUUGGAACAGCAUGCAGAGACCGAACUAUUGCAUUUGUAUCGACUUUUGCUACUUUCUUUACUAGAUCUUUUGAUCAAAUUCGUAUGGGUGCCAUUUCUCAAACUAAUGUUAAUUUUGUUGGUUCACAUUGUGGAAUAAGUAUUGGUGAAGAUGGACCUAGUCAAAUGGGUCUUGAAGAUAUUGCCAUGUUCAGAAGCAUUCCAGGUGCAACCAUAUUUUAUCCAGCUGAUGCAGUGAGCUGUGAACGUUCUAUUGAAAUAGCAGCAAAUACUAAGGGUAUUUGUUUUAUCCGUACAUCGAGACCAGCGACUGCUGUCAUUUAUAAAAACGAUGAAAUUUUUGAAAUCGGAAAAGCUAAAGUUCUUAAAAGUUCCCCUUCAGACAAAGUAUUGAUAAUUGGUGCUGGUGUAACAUUAUACGAAGCUAUAACUGCUGCUGAAGAGCUAGGAAAAUCUGGUAUCAGCGUCAGAAUUCUUGAUCCAUUCACUAUUAAGCCACUUGAUGCUGCCACUAUUAUAAAGAAUGCUAGAGAAUGUGGUGGUCGAAUCAUCACUGUAGAGGACCAUUACCCAGAAGGUGGUAUAGGUGAAGCUGUUUUGUCUGCUGUUGCUGAAGAAAGAGACAUUUGUGUUAAAAAACUUGCUGUUUCUGACAUUCCUCGUUCCGGUCCUAGCAAUGUAUUAUUGGACCUCUUCGGAAUCAGUUCCAAAAAUAUUGUUGCAGCAGUCAAAAAAUUUGUUAAUUAAUUAAUUUCAUAUAUUGUAUAAAUCUCAUUUAUAUUUUUCAACUUAAUUUCAUAUGGUCUUUUUAAUUGGUCAUUUUUAUUU